CUAGAGCGAUUUAGAGUCGAUUUAGAGUCGUCUUUUUUAAAACUACUGAUUUUGUUCUGACCAUUUUAGCCAAAAAUGGAUGAACGAGAGCAAGAACGAAAUGCAGUGAUAAAGAUAUGCUUUGAAAUGGGACUCAUGUACAAAGACAUAGUUACGAUUCUUGCCACAGAGUGUGGAAUUGUAAUUUCUUUCCGUCAUUUGAAAAGGCUGCUCAGACAGCAUGGCCUGUCAAGGAGAAAAAACUACAGUGACAUCGGUGAGGUUGUAGACUUUAUUCUAAAGCAGGUCGAGGGAUCGGGUCGUCUGCAUGGCUACCGAUGGAUGUUUGAAAAAUGUCGGGCACAUCAUAUCAAUUGUAAAAAGGAAGAUGUAAGGAUAAUCCUUGGAGUUGUCGACCCAGAAGGGACAACUCAGAGGAGAAGGAGAAGACUGAGGCGACGUCAGUAUUCAUCCAAAGGGCCAAACUUUUUGUGGCAUCUGGACAGCUACGACAAACUGAAAGCAUUUGGAAUAUGCAUUAAUGGCUGCAUCGAUGGGUUUUCCAGGAAAAUAAUGUGGAUGAACGCCUACCACACUUCAUCAGACCCGAAGGUGAUUGGAGGGUACUACAUAGAAAAGGUGUCAGACAUCGGAGGAUGUCCAUCUGUUGUACGUGGGGAUCUAGGUACCGAGAAUAGAUAUGUGCGUGACUUUCAAAGGUUCUUCCGUGAGGACGACGAAGAUGGCAUGGCGGGCAUUCGCAGUUAUCUAGAAGGUCCAAGCACCGCCAAUCAAAGGAUCGAGUACUGGUGGUCCUUCCUUCGAAGGGAGUGCAUGGAAUUUUGGAUCUAUUUUUUUCGCGAUUUGCAAGAUGACGGUGAUUUCAUUGGCAAUUUCGUAGAUGUCAAUCUCCUACGGUUUUGUUUCUUACAUCUUAUCCAGGCUGAGCUUGAUGAAGUGGUAGAUGUAUGGGAUCGGCAUCUCAUUAGACCAUCGAGGAACGUCCAAGCUCCUAGCGGCCGCCCAAACAUUAUGUUCAACUUGCCGUCUUUGUACACUACAAGAGAUUAUCUGCAUGGUGUGAGCCAGGAACGUAUGCAAGCAUGCAAAGAGGAAUGUGUUUUCAGAAAAACAAUACCAUGUGAUGAAGACAUCUUUGAACUCUGUUGCAUCGUGAUGAAUGAAGUUGGGUACGAGUAUCCAAGAGACGGACACGGUGCUCGACUUCUUUAUGUAGCUCUUCGACGUGAGAUAACACACUUGCUUAACAAUUAA